UGAAGAUCACUUUACAGCAAUCUUUACUGCUGCCUCUAAUGCCAACGCCAUCUCCACUUGCCUUCCGCUGCUGCCUCUUACACUUCUGCCUGCCGCCGAUCCCCGGUUCCCACUGCUGCGCCAGUCCCAGAUAUGAGACAACAUAUUGAUGGUUGAGGGAGCAGCUGCGCAUGUACAGUCCAUGCGUCACCGAAUACUGGCAAAACUGUGCAAAGUAUGGGGAAAGAACAACUGCUUAUGCAUGGCCCCCAUAAUGGAACCAGAACAUGUAUUCUACGUACAAGCUGGUGCGAACGGCUCUACAAAGAAGCAAUCAUUAAAAAAAUGGGCUGUACUUUGUAAUAUUCUCUCUCUAUAUAUAUGAGGAAACAAAUGUUCAGUCCCAGCCAUACCUUUUCUUGUUAUACAAGAUGAAGUUUUCUCGAUGCGUCAUACUGCUGAGCCUCAUCGUGGCAUAUGGGACGGCAAAACCCUCAAAAGUCAAUGAGAAUCUAGGAAAGGAUCAAUACCUUGCCAAAGCCAAGCAGCAAAUUACCGAGAAGUUCCAGUUUCCAUCCUUCUGCAAUGGUGUGGAAUGUCCUAAAUAUCAUCUGGUGAAAAAAUAUUCUGGCUUUGAACAUAGACAAUAUGAUGCAACUCAAUGGAUAUCAACUCCAGUGACCUUGGAUGGUGAGGGAAUAAGUAUCCACUAUAAACAUUUAUUACAGUAUAUCAGUGGAUUUAACUCAGCAGGUGUGCACUUGAGUAUAACUGCUCCUGUACUAAUAAUGAUUCAAUUGGGUAAAGAUAACCCUGAAAACAACACCAUGUCAAUAUUUCUGUCAGCAAAUCUGAAGGAUCCACCAAUGCCUUCAAAUCCAAUCGUUUCCCUUCAGAGUUAUCCUAAAGCAUCACUUUAUGUUAGAUCCUUUGAUGGGUAUGCUUUAGCAGAGGACUAUAGGAAACACAUUGAAGCCUUGACAGAGCAACUGACUGCGCUGGGCCUUGAUUUUAAUAAGUCCUUCUUUGCCUGUAACAUCUAUGAUCCUCCCACCAAACUUACCAACCGUCAUAAUGAAGUAUGGGUCGUUGCAGCCUAGGAUUAAGAAAUAGUUGCAUUGGGAGUUGGAAAAAGAUUUCUCGGGUGCCUGUGCAUGUAGUGGCUCCACCAAGAACUGUGCAGCCAAACAAACCCCUCUUCUUACCAAUAACUGCCAUGGUUUUAGCCAUAUCCAAGUACAGGAGAAGCACAUGUGAUUCAAGGGAAUCUGUCAUUAGCAUCACCCCCCUAUGCUAUUGGUGUAGGUUUGUAGAGUAGAGGAUACUGAUAAAAAUUAUACUUACCAAUCCCCAAUCCGUGCCUCCAUUCCACCAAUAUUCUUUUUCUUGAUAUGCUUAUCAGGAGCUAGGUGUACAGAGGAUGUUCCCAAGCCCACCAUGCAUGGUGCCAUCGGCCUUCCCCUGUGCUGAGGCUCCGAUGCUGCAGAAAGGAGCUCCACUCUGCAGCAUAACGCCUCUCCUCCGCAGUGAGAAUUCACUUCACACAGAGAAGAGGUUUUAUGCUGCAGAGUGGAGCUCCUUUCUGCAGCAUAAAAGCCCCAGGAGAAGAAAGUGCUUCCUCUGAAGAUUUAAGUCGGACAUCACCACACAAGAGGGGCUUGGGAACACUCCUCAUUAACAUAUAAAGAAAAAGAAGAAUAUCACUGAAAUGGAGGCACGGACCAGGGAUUGGUGAGUAUGAUUUUCAUGAGUAUCAUCGGCACUGCAAGUCUAUACCAGCAGGUUAGUGACAGGUUCCCUUGCUGUCGUACUUUCCCCCCACAAUAAUCUGCGAGCAAAACUUUGUCAAUUCGUGAAAAACCAUGUUUUUGCUGCAAGGUUCCUGGUUGUGUGACACAAACAUGCAUGUAUGUAUACGGGCACCCAAAAGCUCACUGAAUAUGUUGUGAAUACCUUCAUUUGGAAAGAUAAUUGGAUACAUAUUACAACAACAAUAAAAUAUUUUCUGC